AUGUGUGAGAUCAUUCAAGACUUUCAGUCAGCCCUUCUUGGAUACAGGGACCACACAUGGUGUUUUUCACACAGUCGGGACCUUUUCCAGACUGAGACUCAGAUUGAAAAUGCACUGGAGAACGCCACACAACAGAUCAGCACACUCCUUCAGGACCUUGGGGUUCACACCAUCUGGUCCCAAUAUUUUGCCAUAUCUGAUUUUUCCCAGAACUCCUCUCACCUGAUCAGUAGUGAAGAUGAAUCCAUGAUGACUGUACCCAUCACUCAUGUUGAAAAGCUGGAGAGGACAGUUAGUUCCUUCAGUAAGAAAUGGAUGGAUCUACCAAGAUCACUAAGUAACAUCUACUUGUAUGGCAAAGGAGCUCUGGAGUUACCUGUUACGGAGCUGACUGAAGAGUUCAAGUGUGCCACCGUGAGGGAGCAGAAGGCUGGUCAGCAUGAUAUCAGUAGUGGGGAAGUUACUGGAGGAAAUUCUGCGGAACAGGAUGAAAAGUCAUGCUUAAUUAAGAUUUUAGAAUUUUUUGAGGAGGUAACUAAAAUGGUAAAUAAGGGUAGAACAGUGAAUGCUGUUCAUUUGGACUUCAUCUUGGCUUUUGACCAGGUCCCACAUGUUGCUGAUUUUCACUGUGAGAAGAACAACCGGCAGCACAGGACCGAUGAGAUCACCACCGAGCGACUGAUCAUCAGGAGAGGACAAACCUUCCAAAUCUCUGUGCAUGCGAACAAGGAUGAAAGUAUCAUAGACCACAACAAUGUUUUGUUCACUGCUGAGACAGGGCCAAAACCCAUAGAAGUAUCUGGAACAAAAGCCGUGUUUCAGAUAAGUUCAAUUAAUCCAAGACAGUGGAGUGGAGCCAUUGUUUCCAACACUGGAACCAUGUUGGUCCUAACUGUAUUCCCACCACCAAGUGCCAAAAUUGGACGAUAUACUUUAGCACUCCUGAGGCCCAAAGGAUCUCAGAUGAUGAGGUAAAAACUAGGAGAGUUCAUACUACUUUUCAACCCGUGGUGCAAAGAGGAUGAAGUCUUUCUGGAUAGUGAGGAACAACGAACAGAAUAUGUGCUAAAUGAAGACGGAAUCAUCUACAAUGGCAGUUGUUACCAGAUUGAUGGUCGCUCAUGGUACUUUGGACAGUUUGAAGAAAAUAUUGUGGAUAUCUGCCUUAUGAUAUUGGAUAAAAACAUCAAAUGCCAGCAAAAUCCAGCAAAGGAUUAUAUACGCAGAAAUGAUCCCGUUUAUAUCAGUAGAGUUGUGACAGCUAUGAUAAAUUCUGCUGAUGACAAAGGGGUACUUACUGGCAAAUGGAGUGAGCCAUAUACUGGAGGGGUGUACCCUUGGUCAUGGAAUGGAAGUGUUGCAAUCCUCCAUCAGUGGUAUAAGAAAGGCAGUUGGCCAGUUUGCUACGGACAGUGUUGGGUGUUUGCAGCUGUGGCCUGCACAGUUUUGAGAUGCCUGGGAAUUCCUUCUCGAGUUGUCACAAACUUUAACUCUGCUCACGACACAAACGGCAACUUAACAAUCGAGGAAGUAAUAGAUGAAUCUGGAAAACUGCUUGGUGAACAAAUAUGGAACUUCCACGUCUGGGUGGAGAGUUGGAUGGCACGAAAUGACCUAAAGCCAGGUUAUGAUGGAUGGCAGGCUCUGGACCCAACUCCGCAGGAGAAGAGUGAAGGAAUUUACUGCUGUGGACCUGCCCCAGUGAAAGCAAUCCAAGAUGGGUCAGUGGAGAUGAAGUAUGAUGUCCCUUUUGUUUUUGCGGAGGUCAAUGCAGAUGUGGUAACAUGGUUAAGACUCAGGGAUGGCAGAAAAGUAAAGACAGUUGUUGAUACUCAACGUGUGGGCAAAUGUAUCAGCACCAAGAGCUGUGGCAGUAAUGAUCGUGAAGACAUCACACGCAAUUACAAGCAUCCCGAGGGGUCUCGAAAAGAAAGAGAAAUAUUUGAUGAAGCCCUAUUCAGAAAUAAACUGGAACCUGCACAAGAAGUGAAAUUCCUUGUGCAACUGAAAGCUGAUGCCUCAGUAAACCAUGGAUCUGAUAUUCAUGCCGUUGCGAACAUCUCCAAUCACAGUUUAGAGAGGAGGAUUUGCAACGUUCAGCUUAACGCCCAAAUACUGAAAUAUAGCGGACAACCUGUGAAACAAGUUAUGGCUCAGAGUGUGAACGAAGUUGUAGUUGAUAAGAAUGAAGUUAUAACAGUGCCUCUAGACAUACCUUUCAGGGAGUUUUGCAACUAUCUGGAAAAUCAUCAACUGAUCAAGCUGAUUGCUGUGGUAGCUGAUGCAAGAACAAAUGAAAAUGCAAUGGCAAUGAAAGACGUUACUGUGGUCAAACCUGCUGUCGUCGUAAAUAUGCUGGGGAAUGCCAUUCUGAAGCGUGAGCAGACUGCAGAAAUCACUUUUCAGAAUCCACUGUCAGAGCCACUCUUUGAUUGUGUCUUCACGGUAGAAGGAGUAGGACUAAUUGAU